UCCUCUGAGCUGGUGAGCUGGUGAGCUGGUGUGGAAGUCAGCACAAACUUAAGUGUGAGAAAUGGCUCCGAAGAAGGGGAAAGGAGAUGAUGCACCAAAGCCACCACCACUGAUUGGAAGGUUUGGCACCUCAUUGAAAAUAGGAAUUGUCGGCCUGCCCAAUGUUGGGAAGUCAACCUUUUUCAACGUGCUGACAAAGAGUCAGGCUGCAGCUGAAAAUUUCCCCUUCUGCACCAUUGACCCAAAUGAAAGCAGAGUGCCCAUUCCAGAUGAACGCUAUGAUUUCCUCUGCCAAUUCCACAAACCUGCCAGCAAAGUCCCAGCAUUCCUUAAUGUUGUAGACAUUGCUGGCCUGGUGAAAGGUGCUCAUGCUGGCCAAGGCCUGGGAAAUGCCUUCCUGUCCCAUAUCAGCGCCUGUGACAGCAUCUUCCACAUGACACGCGCUUUUGAGGAUGAGGAUAUCAUCCAUGUUGAGGGGACGGUGGACCCAGUGAGGGAUAUGGAGAUCAUCCAUGAGGAGCUGAGGCUGAAGGAUGAGGAGAUGAUCGGCCCUGUUAUUGACAAGCUGGAGAAGACGGCCAUUAGAGGCGGUGACAAGAAACUCAAACCAGAAUAUGACGUUAUGUGCAAAAUCAAGAGCUGGGUGGUGGAUGAAAAGAAAAAUGUCCGCUACUAUCAUGAUUGGAACGACAAGGAGAUCGAAGUGUUGAACAAAUACUUAUUCUUGACAUCCAAACCAAUGAUUUACCUUGUUAACCUCUCUGAGAAAGACUACAUCAGGAGAAAGAACAAAUGGCUGGUGAAAAUCAAGGAGUGGGGGGACAGUCACGACCCCGGAGCCUUGGUCAUCCCCUUCAGCGGCGGCCUGGAGAGCCAGCUACAGGACAUGAGUGAAGAGGAGAGGCAGAAGUACUGCACGGAGCACAAGACGCAGAGCGCCCUGAGCAAGAUCAUCAAGACAGGCUACGCAGCCCUGCAGCUGGAGUACUUCUUCACCGCUGGACCAGAUGAGGUCCGUGCAUGGACCAUUCGGAAAGGAACUAAGGCUCCACAGGCUGCGGGGAAGAUCCACACAGACUUUGAGAAGGGCUUCAUUAUGGCGGAAGUAAUGAAAUUCCAGGAUUUUAAAGAGGAAGGCAGCGAGAGCGCUGUCAAGGCAGCUGGGAAAUACAGACAACAGGGAAGAAACUACGUUGUUGAGGAUGGAGACAUCAUCUUUUUCAAAUUUAACACACCAAAUGCACCAAAGAAAAAGUGA